AUGGGGGAAGGACGGACUGCCGUGGUGGCGGAUGUUUCUUUACCGUUUUUACUGCAUACUCCAUUUUUUUUUUCUUUUUUUUUUCCUGUUUGUAGGCCCUUUAGUACUGCAUCCGCCUCCAUUGGACAGACGGCGUCACGUGGCGGAAGGCCGGGAAAACGGGGGAGGGAAAUGGACAAAUUUGACUUUUUGCUUUCCAUGCGUUCCCCGGAGUUUCUGCGUGUGGAUUGCGAUUCUGAUGUGAGUUCUUUUCGCAGCUCGUCAUCGUCAUCGCCCCGUGCCCCGCCUCUAAAGACGAGGAAAAUUCUUCCACCCGCCUAUGACGAGGUGGAGUGUGAUCUUGCCGAGGAACUUCAAAGUUGUGUACAUAGCGGCGAGUGUAAUCUCUCGCAGCUGCAGCUGCUUCAAGUUCCCACGAACUUGCCUCUUGACUUGCUGGUGACCCUCGUCCUUUCCGAUAACAAACUCACAGAGCUGCCCGGGGAAAUGUUUUUGGGAGAAAAAUGCCGCCACCUCGUCAGGUUUGACGCAAACUCCAACCAACUGAAGACGGUUCCCAAGUCACUUUUUGAGUUGCCCAACCUUGAGGUCCUGCUGUUGGACCACAAUGAUAUUGCCACGCUGCCUUUUGACGCGGUGGGCCAAGAGGGGCGAACAUUCCUGCCCGCUCUGAAUUAUGUGGGCUUAGAGUUCAACGAAUUGCAAAAAUUUCCGACGGAGUUUUUUACACACUGCCCAUUGCUGAAUAAAGUCCUACUUGGGCAGAAUGAGGGGAUGUUAGAAGAGCCCGUGCCCAGCGAUCGCCUAUUCCAAUCGGCCAUUGCGCAGCGCCACAAAAAAAACAAAAAGGGUGGUGGUGAUAGCCGUGUCAUUCUGAAAGUGGACAACAGGCCCCGCUUUGUGAGACAGAUGGAGGAAGAGGAUUGGCGCACCGCAUUGCCAUGGCUAGAAGUGGUACUGCACAAGAUUUAUCCCGACAAGGUGCUGGGAUUUAUGUAUCUUGGCUCUCUCCGGACCGCACAGACAAGAACAGUCUACCGUGACCUCAAUAUUGACUACAUCCUCACCAUUGCACGGGACCUGGAUGUCAGAGUGGAUCCAGGCAUGAAACAUCUUGUGCUGCCAGUAGAAGACAUUCCCGGUGAGAAUAUCCUCCUACUCUUUGAGAAGGCCUUUGUGUUUAUUGAUAAGGCUCGGAAGGAAAACAAGGGUAUUCUCCUCCACUGUUUUGCGGGUCUUUCUCGCUCCGUAACUGUGGCUGCUGCGUAUAUCAUGAGACGGUACAACGUGACGCGAGAUGAGGCCCUAGAUAUUAUCCGAGAGGCACGACCUGCUGCUCAACCAAACCCAGGAUUCAUGAAUAUGUUGCUGGAAUACGAGAAGUCGCUCAGAGGGGGGAAAAGAGAUGCAUUAGUCGGUGAGGUUUGA